CAGCAACUCUAGAAUACGUCCAUCCAUCCAUUUACAACAGAAACAGAAACCACCAGCAUCCUACGUAGAUAUUCAUAGCACCUAAUUCAAUAUGCGACACCGUAUCACUUUCUUUCAUCGUAACGAACAUGGUAUCGACCCGUCCUCCCUCGACAUUCGCGAUACCUCGAUGACGGGCCCUGACCUGCAAGCUGCUCGCGAGCAUCGUGUCACGUUAGCUCUCGAAGAGCUCCCCCUCGACCUUCAGGAACUCCUCCAUGACAUCCACGAGCUGCACCUUCGCUGGAAUACGCCACGAGCCCGCACAACCCUUGGGCCAUGGUCCUCCAGACUACCGCCUGGGUUGCAUGUCUUCUACACACCCCAGCCCGCCAGUGCCACGAAUUCCGUCCGACUUUGUGGACAGCUUCGUGCUGCAUUUGGGGAUAUAGACUGCUCAUCGCCAGCUGAUUCGUUCACUAAACUUCCUACGGAUCGAUUCUCGCACUCGGCCGCCUUUCAGUACUUCCAACCGCUGGAUACCCUCGCCAACCUGUCCAAAUAUGCCGAACUAUAUGCAUGUGGACCUACUGAUUUACAUUGCAAAGAGUGGACUCAAGCACUUGGGGAGGCUGUCUGUCUUGAUCUAUCCUAUGAUGCUAUUUCACAUGCGAUGAAAAUAACAGCUAUGUGGCCAGAAGGCCUCCAAAAACUAUCUAUUAACUCCCAUCCAAAGCACAGAACCGAGGUUGGCAUCUUGACACCGGAUUCGCCCCCACACCUGGAACCUCAUGAACUGGGCGUUACUGGGCUCUUGACGGUCCUAGGCGAAACUACAAAGCCCUCACCUGUCCUAUUCGCAUUCCCCUCCCGACACAAAGACGCUGGCUCAAAGUUCUCAUCCGCGUUACUUCAACCUACAGGUUUACAUCCAACGUUGCAGUUAAAGCUUGACUCUAGCAGACCUCCGUCACAGGAAUCUUCCUGCUCUUUGCAUGCAUAUCUGACGUUGCCUCGGACUAUAUUCGCUGAUAAGUAUCAGCUUGGAGACGAUCUAUUCUUGUCCUCCAAGAACCUGACGGCGUUACGCUAUAUCAGCCAGCCGGUUGAUCUGGAGGCACCCGAUUACGCAAUGAAAGUAUGGGGGUCCAGCAUGUUGUUAGAGCUACGAUCUCCUAGUACGCAGAUAGAUACACCUUGGACUGCAGAGAUUCCUCUGCAUCUUCGGUAUCUAUCGCCAGCGGAAGGCGGAUAUAGCUCUAUUAGUAUUCCCUCGCCAUCUGUAUUCUGGGCCUGUAACACCGAGGAGGGAACUAAGUUUCCAAACAGCCCCUUCGAUCGGACCAAUCUGGGCUAUGACGGCUUGUUUGGGCCACGGACACUGUUUUGGCACGUAACCCCGGAAGCAGAGGACGGCAGCCUUAACCACCAGAUCCGGGUCCCGGUUCUUGACUUGAACAAGUCCAAAUGGGUUAGUACAGGCACAGCUGCCGUGGUGCUCAUGGGAUUUGCAUAUAUUGUGUUUAAGUUAGCGUCGGUCUAUUGGCGGAGGGGAUACGGUAGUCACAAGGCCCCGACAGAAAGGGAGAAGAAGAAACAGUAACUCAGUCAUCUCAGCAUCAAGAAGAUUAGAGAAAUACCUAGUUACGCGAAUGAAGACUAAUGAUCAGUCUCUGUAUCAUCAUACCAAGUGUUCAGUGAAGCUCCUGAUUGGCUGACUGUGCUCUCGUGGUCCCACCCGGCCAAGGGGCAGGGUACCAUGGCUCACCAAAACGGGAGGCUUACUGAUUUGACUUGGCUGAGCCAACCCGAUCGUCCCGU